AUGAGAGCUGUUGUUGUUCUUCUGCUUGUGGCUGUGGCCAGUGCUAAGGUGUUUGACAGAUGUGAGCUGGCCAGAGCACUGAAGGCAUCCGGGAUGGAUGGCUACGCCGGAAACAGCCUGCCCAACUGUGAGUGAUAAUAGACUCGAUCAUGGUCUUUGAGGAUGGGUGUGUGUGUGUGCUCCCCAAAAUAUCUUACUAUAGCUAACCUUACACUGAGGAUAAUGUUGACAUCAACCGUGUGACUUUCUUUCCUCCAAGGGGUGUGCCUGUCCAAAUGGGAGUCGAGCUACAAUACCCAGGCCACCAACCGCAACACCGACGGCUCCACCGACUACGGCAUCUUCCAGAUCAACAGCCGCUACUGGUGUGACGACGGACGUACCCCGAGGGCUAAGAACGUCUGUGGUAUCCGCUGCAGCCGUGAGUAGCCUGCAUACCAAAUGGCAUCGCAUACACAGUGCAUUACUUUUCACCUGAGAAAUGUGCCGGGUUGAGGGGUAUUGGCCGUGUAACUGUAUGAGGUGUUUGAGGAGGUUCGUCCGAGGAUGAGACGGAUGAUGGUCCUCCUCAAACCGUGUGUUUUAUUGAGAGGCAGGGGCAGUAGCUUGUAAAGUGCACUAGAAACAGUGGCUUCAGAAAGUAUUUACACCCCUUGACUUAUUCCACAUUUUGUUGUGCUACAGCCUGAAUUUAAAAUGGAUUACAUUGAGAUUUAGUGUCACUGGCCUACACACAAUACCCCAUAAUGUAAAAGUGGAAUAAAAUUUUAAAGAAUGUUUUCAAAAUUUUUUUUAAAAAUUUUUUUGAAAAUUCCCUUGAAAAAUCUGAUCAAAGUUUAAAAACCCUUUUAAAACAAGCCCCAAAAACCAGGGGGUGUUUUCAAAAAAGGGGCCACAAAUUGGGGGAAAAAUUUUAAAAAGGGAAUUUUUGAAGGGGGAAAUUUACCAUUACCUUAUUUUUUAAAACCCCACCUACAAAAUCGGUGCCCAUCUUGCCAAGGGAAAACCCCGGGAUUUAACCACCAAGGGGUUUUUUUUUAAAAAAAUGGCUUUGGGGGAAAAAAAAGGGAAAACCCAAAUUGUGUAUUAAAAUAAAAAAAGACAGGGGAAAAAAAUUUGAAAGUAAAUUUCCAAAACAUGUUGGUUGGAAUAACACAGAUUAAAAAAAAUUAAAAAAAAAAAAGUUUUUAAUAAAAAAGCGAGGGGGAAACCAAAACCCCAAUCACUGAGUCCAUCUUUUUAAGGGGGGGGAUUCACUGGGGGAUUUUUUCUUUAAAGGAUGGGAUUUUUUUUGGUUAAAAAAAAAGAACUAAACGGGAAAAUCCAAGGGGCCUUUUACCCAUCCCAAAUGUUUCAAAAUCUUUUUGAAAGAUGGGUGACCUACACUUUUAGCGUGUUUUGGCGUUGGUUUUUUUAAAGGAAAUUUUUUGGGGGGGGCAAGACUCAAUUGGGUUUUUCCCUUUUUCGGAAAAAGUUUUAAACCCAAAGUUUUUGUUUUAAAUUUUGAAACGGGGUGGGGUUUCCUCCCCCUUAGGGUAAAAACCUGUGAAAAAUUUAAAAAAUUUUGUAUUUACCCGGUUUGUCCCGCCCCAAAAGAACCCUUUCCCCCGGGGACAUCGUUUGCCCCCCUACCCCCCCUAGGCACUUUUUUUGCCCCCCAUUUCCCCGGGAAUUAGGGUUAGCUGUUUUCCCCCCUAUUUCCGGGUAUGGUUUUUUGUUUCGACCCAAACCCCGGGGUAGGUUCAGCCUUUUUUCCCGACCCUAGACGUAUUGACUCUGAUUUUGAAAAACAAAACCUAGAUUUUACAUGAGAACCUUUUCCGCACAGGCUAAGCGCCCCAGUCGGUCCAUUUGAAGCACACUUUAGCUAUUGACAUUUAUGGAGAUCAGUCUGCUUUAGCACAGACUAACACUUGUGCAGUGAUUCAAUGAUUAGAAAAAAACACGCACCUUUUCCCACGCUAGGUUCAGUCUGCUUCCAGCCCAUUCGCCCUAAUGAACCACAGCACGCCCCUGGUAUGUUCUAUGUUGGCCAUGUUGGUUCUCAUCAGCAGUCCACGUGAACAUCUUGCUAUGGUUCAGUCUGUUCCGAUUGUCCAGAACCAUACUUCCACCUGUUUCCCACAGUAUGGUUCAGUCUGCUUUCCAGCCCUCUACUUCCCGGUUAUGUUCAGUCGCUUGUACCGUACUUCAGUAUCUGUUUGUUGUAUUGUUCGUGUAACAUUAAUACUUUCAGCAGGCAUAACCUGAACACAAGGCCAAAUAUACACUGGGUGUUACCAAGACGACAUGAAUGUUCCUGAGUGACCUAGUUACAGUUGUGGCUUAAAUCAGCAUGAAAAUUCAUGACAAGACUUGAAAAUGGCUAUCUAGAAAUGAUUUAAAUUUUUUACAUUUGAGUCAUUUAGCAGAUGCUCUUAUCCUGAGCGACUUACAGUUAGUGAGUGCAUACAUUUUCAUACUGGCCCCCCGUGGGAAUCGAACCCACAAGCCUGCCGUUGCAAGCGUCAUGCUCUACCAACUGAGCUACACAGGGCCACAAUACAUAACCUUCCAGUUAGUGGAACUGAAACUACAUUGGACAGAAUGGCUGUUUAAAAAAUAAACAACGUUACCAUGACUUAUUGAAAUCCAUUUUAAAACCAUGGCUUCUCUCUACUUGUACCACUCUCAUGAUCAGUAAAACAAAAACCUCAUCCUAUUUAACAAUGACAAAAUGGCCAACAUCCAACUUAAUAAACAGAGCUUGAAUAAUUGUUUAAAGAAUAAUGUGCAGAUAUUGUACAAUCCAGGUGUGCAAAGCUCUCAGAGACUUAUGCAGAAAGACUCACAGGUGAUUCUAACAUGUAUUGACUCAGGGGUGUGAAUACUGUAUUUCAGUUUCAAUACAUUUGCACAAAGUUCUAAAAACAUGUUUUCGCUAUUGUGUGUAGAUUGGUGAGAAAUAAAUCUAUAUAAUCAAUUUUGAAUUUAGGCUGUAACACAAUAAUAUAUGGAAUAGGUCAAGGGGAAUGAAUACUUUCUGAAGGCACUGUAAUGCUGAUCUUACAUAAUUCUGAUCCAACAUUUGAAUACAGUCAGAAUUUGAAUAAACAGACACCGGUGCUCCCUGACCCUGACCCUACUUACCUGCAUUGUUUCAUUGUAAUCUGUUGUUGUUUUAUAAAGCUUUCGGUUCCUCCUGUUUCCCGGUUCCUGUUUAAAGGUUUCCCUUCCUCUUUCUUCUGACAGAGCUGCUAACUGAUGACAUCACAGUGGCGAUCCGUUGUGCCAAGCGUGUUGUGCUGGACCCGAAUGGAAUCGGGGCAUGGUAAGGUGGCAGGUUUCCCUGAAAGAACUAUGUUACAACAAAAAUUAAGUUACAAAAUAAUUAGCCAUACUUUAUGUUACCUGUAGCCCAAUAUCACAGUACAAGGCUAGUUAUAAAUGGGCUAACCUGUAACAAAUUAGCUCUCACCUUUUAGAAGACCUAAAAUGGUAAGAAAUGCCUGUACUGACAUACUUGUUACAUGGUAAUUAUAUAACUUAUAUACUCCCUUAAAAUGACCCUGAAUGAAUGCCUGCAUAAUGUAAACCGUUUCCAAGUCUUCCAAUUCCACAUGAUGUUCUGUUGUCUUAUAUCUGAUAUGUAAUAUCUAUAAAGCAAAAUAUCAACAUGAUGGUGUGUGUCCAUUUUAGGGUGGCUUGGCGCAAUCACUGUCAGUAUCAGGACCUGAGCUCCUACGUGGCUGGCUGUGGGGUCUGA